AACAGUAAAACUUGAGGUGCCAAUGCACCUCAAUGGAUUACUGUUGCUUGUAUUACUUGUUCAAAGAGAAUUUAGAAGGCAAGAAUCAGCAUAAUUCAAUGGGUAAGCUACCUAUUUUUGGCCCUCAAUUUCCUCAUUCUGCACAGAAGAGGGGAUAAAAGACCUCAUUGAUAGGGGUAAUGUGUUCAAAGUGCUUGGCAGCAAGCCUAGUUGAGAGUGAGUGUUUAGGAAACAGGUAUUGUUUGCAACUUGAUUUUAUUGAGCAGACACUAUGUUUAGUUUUGGGUGACAUUGGAAAAGAAAAUGCAGUUGAUUUUAUGAUUAAGUGUAUUUUAGGAUGUACCAGCUAUUUAUCUCAAAAUGCAUUUGUGAUUAACUCUUCAUCCCUACCUCUACCUACUCCUCUAUCUUUCUUUCCCUUUCUGUUUCACAGAAAAAAUUAUGACCUCAGCAUCCAAAGGAAUUCUCCGCCCAUUUUUAAUUGUCUGCAUUAUCCUGGCCUGCUUCAUGGUGUGUCUGUUCAUUUACAUCAAGCCCACCAAUAGCUGGAUCUUCAGCCCGAUGGAGUCAGCCAGCUCAGUGCUGAAAAUGAAAAAUUUCUUCUCCACCAAAACUGGUGAUUUUAAUGAAACUACUAUUCUGAUUUGGGUGUGGCCAUUUGGGCAGACCUUUGACCUUACAUCUUGCCAAGCAAUGUUCAACAUCCAAGGAUGCCAUCUCACGACAGACCGUUCUCUGUACAACAAGUCUCACGCAGUUCUGAUCCACCACCGAGACAUCAGUUGGGAUCUGACCAAUUUACCUCAGCAGGCGAGGCCACCCUUCCAGAAAUGGAUUUGGAUGAAUUUGGAAUCACCGACUCACACACCACAGAAGAGUGGCAUUGAGCACCUGUUCAACCUAACUCUGACUUAUCGCCGCGACUCAGAUAUCCAAGUGCCUUAUGGUUUCUUGACCGUAAGCACAAACCCCUUCGUGUUUGAAGUGCCAAACAAAGAGAAGUUAGUGUGCUGGGUUGUAAGUAACUGGAACCCUGAGCAUGCCAGGGUCAAGUAUUACAAUGAGCUAAGCAAAAGCAUUGAAAUCCAUACCUAUGGGCAAGCAUUUGGAGAAUAUGUGACUGAUAAAAAUUUGAUUCCUACCAUAUCUACUUGCAAAUUUUAUCUUUCCUUUGAAAACUCAAUCCACAAAGAUUACAUCACAGAAAAGCUCUACAAUGCUUUUCUGGCUGGCUCUGUGCCUGUUGUUUUGGGGCCAUCUAGGGAAAACUAUGAGAAUUAUAUUCCAGCAGAUUCAUUCAUUCAUGUGGAAGAUUAUAACUCUCCCAGUGAGCUAGCUAAGUAUCUGAAGGAAGUAGACAAAAACAAUAAAUUAUACCUUAGUUACUUUAACUGGAGGAAAGAUUUCACAGUAAAUCUUCCUCGAUUUUGGGAAUCACAUGCAUGCUUGGCUUGUGACCAUGUGAAAAGGCAUCAGGAGUAUAAAUCCGUUGGUAAUUUAGAGAAAUGGUUUUGGAAUUAAAGUUUUACAUCAUUUGCACAUUUGACAAAUCAUUUUGAUGAGAUAUUAUCUGGGUUUUAAGGAUGAGAAGAGACAUUAUUCUGCUUUUGUGUCAUAAUUUAUUUGUAUCACUCUCUUGGGUGACAUGUAUAUUUUGAUGGAGAUUUUUAAGAGUGCAGCAUCAGCAAUCACUCCACUUGGUUUUAAAUUAUCUUAUAUAUACCUAAUUAUGUGACCUGAAAAAUAAUUUAUUAUUCUCUAUCAUUUGUAAACCUUUUUUUUUUCAUAUUUUUGUUGUUAUCUCUAAUGUAACUGUGAUUUGAUUGUUGUUCCUAAACUGAUCAGUUGUUUCAUCCACUUGGUAAAUGAAAACACAUAUUUUCAAAUAUGAAAUAUUUUCAUUAAACAUUAUCAUCUCUAGUUCCCAGUUGGCAUAAUGAAGCAAAGGAAAAUCAAUUUGUAAUUGAAUUCUAACUUCUUUGACUUUGAAGUUGAACAAUGUGUAACUUUCUCUAUUUGAUCUGUUUUUCACCUGUUUGUUACGUUUGUGAGUGCAGAAUUAUUCAUGUAGUGAAUAAGCCAGAUAGUGGAGCAGAACUGUUCUAUUCAGGAAGCUAUUAGGCUUCUCGUUUAUUUUCAUUAAGUUGACUUGCAAAUGCAGUCACUUGUUCUCAUGAUAUUAAGCUAAAUUACUUAAGUAUUUUUAAAUAUCCAAUUUGGGGUGAUUUUUUGGUACCUGGGAAAUAAUCCUAGUAACACUUAAGAAAAGCUAAGAUAGUUUUCUUCCUGAUCUUAACACUCAUUAUUAUAAUAAAACAAAUAAUCUCAUCAAGUGACAAGGGAAAAGGGUAAGUGUAGAUACAAGUCAUGUUUAUAAAUGGUACAUUUAUGUACAGUUUUUAACAUAUCAAUUUAAAAUAUUUUUUUCCAAAGGCCCAAUGUCUAAAACAUUUUCCUAUACCUAUGGACAUCUAAAUUGAAUAUUUGAGAUGUUUGUCCUAUUAUUUAAAAGAGUCUAAAUAAAAUUAGGGCUUCCCUGGUGACUCAGAUGGUAAAGAAUCUGCCUGCAAUGUGGGAGACCUGGGUUUGAUCCCUGGGUUGGGAAGAUCCCCUGGAGAAUGGAAAGGCCACCCACUCCAGUA